UGUCUCUUUCUUCACUCCAAAUGUUUCUUCCUUCCUUCAUUCCUCCCCAUGCAUCAUAAAUCCCCAAUUCCAUUGGUGGUCCGCAAACUCGCGAUCUGCUGAGGGAGUCAAACUCGUGCAGAUCGAGUUGGACUUUGAGUGAAAUGAUCCCAUUGGAUCUCGGAUUUUUGUGAGCUAGUGCGCCUGUCACUAUAAAAAUCCCCAUGGACCGUGCUCUAGCAUGUGCGUCUUCUCUGGUUCCGUGCCAAGAGGUGGUUGAAGGCCCCCUUCUGAAUUCCUUUCUGUCCAUCAAACAAGGGCUCAAGAUGUUCAUCAUAGAGGACAAAGGGGGCGCCAUUGCCAUCAUGUGCGCCUCCCUCCUGUUCUUGGGCACAUGGCCAGCCGUGCUCACCCUCUUGGAGCGCCGGGGACGGCUGCCACAGCAUACCUACCUUGACUACUCGAUAACCAACCUCCUCGCCGCGGUCCUCAUCGCUCUCACCUUCGGACAGCUUGGGGACAGCAAGCAUAACAUGCCCAAUUUCUUCACUCAGCUCAGUCAGGACAACUGGCCUUCAGUGCUGUUUGCAAUGGCAGGGGGUGUUGUGCUCAGUAUUGGGAACCUUUCUACCCAGUAUGCUUGGGCAUAUGUGGGUCUCUCGGUUACUGAGGUUAUCAGCUCAAGCAUGGUUGUUGUGAUAGGUACAACACUGAAUUACUUCCUGGACAACCGCAUCAAUAAGGCAGAGAUUCUCUUCACUGGAGUGGGAUUCUUCCUUGUUGCAGUCAUCCUUGGCUCUCUUGUCCACGCUUCCAAUGCAGCUGAUAAUGCACAAAAACUAAGUGCAUCCACAAAUAGCUACAAAAUUGGGACAACUGGAGAUGAUAUGGAGCCGAGCAAGCAAGUUAUAGACAAAGAUGCUCCGAAGGACAUGGAGAAUGGAGCUUCCCCUACCAAAUAUGCCACCAAAGCUGAAGCAGGAACUGCAGAGUACCUGAUUGAGCUCGAAGAGCAGCGUUCAAUUAAGGUAUUCGGAUCAAACACCUUCAUAGGGCUUUCGAUAGUGUUCUUCGCUGGCGUCUGCUUCUCGCUCUUCUCCCCGGCAAUCAACCUGGCCACAAACGACCAGUGGCACACCCUGAAAGAUGGUGUCCCGCACCUGGUGGUCUACACUGCCUUCUUCUACUUCUCAAUCUCUUGUUUCGUCAUCGGCAUUGGGUUGAACAUCUUGUUCCUCUACCGUCCGAUGGCCGGCGUGCCAAAGUCAUCCUUCAGAGCCUAUCUGAAUGACUGGGAAGGCAGGCAAUGGGCUCUUCUUGCUGGAUUCCUUUGCGGUUUUGGCAACGGCUUCCAGUUCAUGGGUGGUCAGGCUGCUGGUUAUGCUGCUGCUGAUGCCGUUCAGGCAUUGCCACUUGUGAGCACGUUCUGGGGCAUCCUGCUGUUCGGGGAGUACCGGAAGUCGUCAAAGAAAACAUACAUUCUGCUUGUGUUCAUGCUACUCAUGUUCAUCGCCGCAGUAGCUACGCUGAUGGCUUCAGCAGGCCACAGGAGCACCAAAUGAUCGAUCACUACAUCCUUUUAUCUGUUGUUCUAGUCUACAGCUUUAGCUGCCACAAGGCGAAGAAAUUCAGACAGCAAAGCAAGGGCCCUGAUCCAGGAAGCCAUGCCAGCACGAAGUGAAAUCCCAUUCAUUAAGUUUUCGUUUGAAUGGAGUUGUACAUAACAAAAAAGAAAGAAAGAAAGAGAAGUUUGAGGUCUUGCGACUUCAAGUUAGUGGAGAACCAUAUUAAUGUGAUGUGUUAUAUCGUUCUAAAGAUCAUUUACGGGCAACAUUAGGCUACUUAAGAUGUUGGAAAGAUGUUAUGUUUGGUUCCAUGUGAAGUCUUAGAACCCUAGUGAUUUUAGAAUUGGAAAUGUGAAAUGCUUGGAUUUCCUGCGA